AUCCCACACUUCAGAACCUUUUACGUGCAGAUAACUGUAUUAUGUGAAAUAGAUCAUGGUUAUGCUUCAGGAACCAAAAUGUAGCACGUGACGACCUUGCCUUUUUUGUUUCUUGGAGUAAAUUUUGGUACUCCAGAAUCGUGGAAACCUCAAAAUCCUUUACCCAGAGCUCAAAGUGUAGAUGCUUGUGUUUUUGUCAGGCACACAUAUCUUCUGUAUUUCUGCUUAGAACACUUUUAAUGAGAAGAAAAUUAGCCCUAUACUUUGCUUCUUUUAUUUCAUGAAUAACGUAGCAUCGCAUCUGGAAGCUUCCCAUGUUUUGAAAGCAAAUAGGCAGUAAGUCUUUCCAGAAAAUCUCAGUGUAAUUACUCUUAGAGGCAUUUGGUGGCCUUUUUAGAGCACUUAAGGCUGUGAAGCAUUUCUUUUUGUGGACUGUUAGGUUGAGGAAUACCCACAUCCCUCUGGACCUUGUGAUCCACUCUAUGCUGGUUAUUGUAGGAGGAUGUUGAACUUGACCUGAAUUGAUCUGGCUGAAAAAGUCUCUGGACAGAAGGGUGGGUUUCCAUCUGAAGGAGUUCUCUGGUCAUUCUAGAAGCUAUGGACAUACUGUUUAGAAUAAGAGGAGGCUUGGAUCUUGCAUUUCAGCUAGCAACUACUGAUGAGGCAUCAACAAAAAAGGCAUUAGGAUAUGUUUUCAGUGAUCUUGCAAACAAACUGUCCUCGGAUGUUCUUGUAUUAAGAAUUUGCCACAGUUCAAUCUAUGUAUGGCCUAACAGUGGCAUGAACACUGUUCCAGAGCUGACUGAUGAGUCUGCUUGUAAGGAGAUAAGAAAAUAUAUACAAUUUGAUCAAGAUGAUGAAACCAAACGAAAGCUUGGCAGAAAAAAGGAUAAAAAGUUACAAGAUAUGCAGCAGAUAGUCAAUAUAGACCUUAUGUUGGAAAUGACGUCUUCAUUACCUGCUUUGGCUCCAGUCAUUGAACGGGAAAAUAAAGAACACCACUACAUAAAUAUGACAUUACCAGUUGAUGUUGUUGUAUCUGUUUCUCCAGAGGAAACGUGGGGAAACGUACAGAAUCUCCUGGUGAAAGCAAUUCACAGGCAACUAACUGACAUGGAAAGAUGUAUCAUGAAAUAUGUGAAGGGAACGUCAAUUGUGGUACCAGAACAAUUUCAUUUCAUGUUACCAGGGAAAAAUCACCUUGUAACAAUCUCUUAUCCAACAGGUAUUUCAGAUGAUCAGCUGCAGAGUUACAGAAAGGAAUUGCACGAGUUAUUCAACCUGCCUUGUGACAGACCCUAUUUCAAGAGAGCAAAUGCUUAUCAUUUUCCAGAUGAAUCAUAUAAAGAUGGGUAUCUCAGGAAUCCACAUUUACAUCUGAAUUCACCUAGUAUGGAGCCUGGUAUGGUCUAUUUAGUACAUGGUGUCUAUAGUUACCACCACUAUAUGCAGGAUCGGAUUGAUGACAGUGGUUGGGGCUGUGCCUAUCGGUCUUUGCAGACAGUCUGUUCUUGGUUCAAGCACCAAGGUUACAUUGACGCACCUAUACCAACACACAAGGAGAUUCAACAGGCAUUGGUUGAUGCUGGAGACAAGCCUGCAGCAUUUGUUGGGUCACGGCAGUGGAUUGGUUCCAUUGAGGUACAACUUGUUUUGAAUCAGCUUUUUGGAAUAACAUCAAAAAUAUUAUUUGUCAGCCAGGGUUCUGAACUGGCAUUGCAGGGAAGAGAGCUUGCUAACCAUUUCAAGACUGAAGGAACUCCAGUUAUGAUUGGUGGAGGUGUUUUGGCUCACACAAUAUUAGGAGUGGCUUGGAAUGAGAUUACAGGGCACAUCAAGUAUUUGAUCCUAGACCCACAUUACACUGGAGGAGAAGAUCUGCAUGUCAUUUUGGAAAAGGGCUGGUGUGGUUGGAAGGGCCCUGAAUUUUGGAACAAGGAUGCCUAUUACAAUCUCUGCCUACCUCAACGACCCAAAACUAUUUAAAAUCCACUCUACUGGCUGAUCUAGAUAAUGACUGUUGUGUUAAUACUCAAAAUCAUGCUUCCAGUCAGUCAGAACCCAGGUGAAACAGAAAUGUCACUGUUUAAAUUAAGAAUUUUAUUUUUUAAUGAAACCUUUAAAAAUAAAGAGUUAUCUGCUGUGAACCGUAUUUCUUACAAAUACUUUUAUUUGGUAACUAAUACCAUUCUUUUGGCUAGGACAACUUUAUGUUCAUACAGCAUUUUUAUUUUUACAGAUUAAAUGCCUAAUCCUUUUAUGUUAUGGAAUUCUUUCUUGCCAAAAAGACUAACUGUCCUCUGCCUGUCGAGUCCCAUAGCACCAACUGCCUUGUGCAUGACAAAUAUAGUCCAGGGUAUGAUUUGCUGCUGGUACUGUUGAUAACAUUUGAGGAGUGAGAAAAAAAAUGGCUUUUAUGAAUUUUAUGAACUUUGUUCUCACAUUUACACAGGAAAAAAAUCGAGGGAAUUAAUUGUUAUAUACUCCAUUUAUUUAUAGCUGUAUGAAUAACAACUGUUCUAGGGGAGAAAAACCCAACCAAACAACAAAACACCAACAACACAACAGUCUUCUGUAAGAAGUAAAAACAAACGAGCUUUCAUCCUUCUCGGAAGGAGACAAUGUACGAGCACAUACAUACACAUCUUGCUGCUCAAUGUAUAGUCCAGUCAUGCUUCUUCAGACUUCAGAUUCCCCUUGAUUUAAUUUUGGGAUGACAAGGCAUUUUUCAGGAGAUCAGAUCUGUCAUACAAACAAACGAGUAAUUCUGUAGCUGCUUUAUCAGUACAUCAGUAAAAUUACCUGGGAUUCCACCCUCCUCACCCCACAAAGCAGUCUUUUCCAUGGCAUUCCCCAUGAACUGUCUGGUUUGGUAAGACCAUAACUUUAAAUACUUACACAAGCUGAUCCUUACGAGCAGGCUUCUAAAUCCAAGUGCUAUGUACCCAACACUAAAUUUAUUUAUUUAAAUGAUAAAAAGUAUUCGAAACUUAUUCUGAAUUGUAAUAAACCAACAGUAUUACACACCA